AUAUGUAAAAUAGAACUUGAAUUCGUUAGUAUAUUUACGGUAUAUUUUUAAAAUGAGAUGGUAUAUUUUGGUAUACUUCUGAGGUAUAUUUUUCCGAUAAGUCAGUAUAUUCGAUUGACACAAAUGAUAGCAAUGGAUGAGCAGCGCAGCGACAAAAUCUAUGGCGGAUGCGAGGGUCCGGACGCCAUGUAUGUCAAGUUAAUUUCGUCGGACGGCCAUGAAUUUAUUGUAAAACGGGAACACGCUCUCACCUCUGGAACCAUCAAGGCGAUGUUAUCCGGCCCAGGACAAUUUGCCGAGAACGAGGCUAAUGAAGUGCACUUUCGGGAGAUUCCGUCGCACGUCUUACAAAAGGUCUGCAUGUACUUCACUUACAAAGUACGCUACACCAAUAGUUCCACUGAAAUACCCGAGUUUCCAAUUGCACCAGAGAUCGCAUUAGAACUUUUAAUGGCAGCUAACUUCCUAGACUGCUAAAUUAUUGGUUAACUUUAUAUACUUUAUUAUCAAUUAAACAAGGGGAAAGCAAACUUGAAUACAGCCUAAUUUUUGCCUAUGUUAAUUUUUAAUGAAUCAAGAUGAUUGUCUCUGUAGGCGAGAAAAA